UUGAACAUGGAAUGGAAUUCCCCUAACUGACCGUAGAGAAUCCACAUCCCAAAUGGCGGGUUAAAUUAAGAUCCACAUUUCAAAAAAUAAGAAAAACCUCAAAUCAAAUUCAAGAUACAGAAUAUUCAUAAAAUAGAGAGAGGCAAAAAAAUGGAAUGCUCAACCUCAAACUCCACUCAACAAAUGCGCAAACUCGAUGCCAUCACCGUUUCCCUUUCCGAAUCCUUCCAAUCCCUCAAGAUCACAGCGCAACGAAAUUCUCGAAAACAAGAUCUACUAGAAGAGACUAAAGCCACCCUGAAGGAAGUGGAAGAUGAACUUGUUAAAGUACUCGCAGAAAAGAUCCGCAAAGAGGCCAAGCGAAUGGCUUUGAUGGAUGCUAUUGCUUCUGCAAAGGCUAGAGUUGGAAACCUCAACAGUAGUGUUCAAGAGCUUCGGGUUAGGAAAAAAGAAUAUGCCUCCUUUCUAUCUCACCAGUCUCUCGCUUUGGCAGCAUCUGAGGGGAUGUUAAAUGGGAGCAUUGAUCACACAGAUGAUACACGACAAGCCAUCUCUUGGUAUAACAAUGUACUCGGUUUUCAUGUCAAAGGGGGACAUGGGGUUAAGUUCACAUUCACGAAUAUAGAUUUGAAGAAUCCAAAUGGGGAGUACUCUUUUACUGUGUAUCAUGAUAAAAAUACCUACAUAUUGUUAAGUUGUGAACCUUUCCUUGAUGGUAUGGAGGAGUUGGUCCAUGAAUUAAACAAAACAAAUGAACUAUUUAAGUUUGUUAGACUUGUAAGGAGCAAAUUUCAAAAAACAUUGGGUCAAGGGAGCUCAGUUCGAGCAACUGUUGAACCUGAAGAAUCGGCCUUUAUCUCUUCAUCUGCUCCAGGUGCAUCCUGUAGAAGUGAUUCUACAACCACAGAAAAUGAACAUCAAGUGGAAUUCUCUGAUGGCAGUGCACUUUUAAAGAGAAAAAACACCCGCACAAGGAAAAAUUUGGCACUUUUAUCUCCUGAUUCUGCCUCAUCUGUUCGUCAGUCUCCGCGUUUAAAGGUUAGGAAAUAAAAUACAUAAUGUUUGCCACCUCAUUUGAUUAUAUGUGCUGAGCUCCCAGAGGUGUUCUUGCAAGCAUAACUCAAUUACUCAGGUUGACAAGUGUUUGCUAACAAAUUCACACAUUCCAUGCCAGACAUAUCUCCGUUCUGGUUGCCAAGUUAUUUUUGAAAAUAUGAUCUAUUGUCUGUUGUGACCAUUUUGUUUUUCUUAUAUUAUGUCUUGUUUUGUUUUGUAUAGUUCUUUUCAACUUUUUCCUGAAAUUACAAAAUAGUCAGUCAUUAGGGCGUUGGUAUUAUUUAUUGGCAAUGUAUUUAAAAUGGAUUUCCAUGAUUUUUGUUCCCCCCAUAUGAAUAGAUGACUAUGUCUUUUAAAUGUAUUGCUGCAGCUUUUCUAAA